UCUACUCCUGUGAGUUGGGUGUAGAGAAAUAAUGCAGAUUAGGAGGAUUAUUUGGUUUAAUUUAUGAGUUGUUAAGUAGUGGCACUGCUGAGUUGGUGUUGAAUAAUGCUUGCUGUAGCAAUCGCGUAUUGCUAUUCCGCCGUGAGAAAGUGAUGCUUGGUGGUCGUAGAGACACCGCGUUGAUGAAGAAGGACGGCGGAAAAUCCAGAAUCGGCGCCGCCAUCUUCGUCGGAAUAUUAAUCGGUUGCGUCUUCGCCUUCUUCUAUCCCGACGGAUUCUUCGUUUUAUCGUCGACGCCGCUAAGUCGCCGCCGCGUCGCGGCCUCCGAUCAGGAGGUUAUUACCUCUUCAUGUGAAUCAUCAGAACGCAACUUGUUAAAAUCAGAGUUUGUCGCUGCUUCAGAGAAAAAUGCAGAGUUGAAAAGGCAAGUUAAGGAGUUGACGGAGAAACUUCGGUUUGCGGAGCAAGGGAAGGAUAGUGCCCAGAAACAGGUGAUGAUGUUAGGCAAACAGCAAAAGGCGGGGCCUUUUGGCACAGUUAAGGCAUUGCGAACCAACCCUGCAGUUGUACCUGAUGAAUUUGUCAACCCGAAAUUGGCCAAGCUACUGGAGAAAGUUGCUGUGAAUCAUGAAAUCAUUGUCACACUUGCCAAUUCAAAUGUUAAGGAUAUGUUGGAGGUGUGGUUCACAAAUAUCAAAAGAGUAGGGAUACCGAAUUACUUGGUCUUUGCGUUGGAUGAGGAAAUUUACAAUUUGUGCCUAGCAAAUGGUGUUCCAGUAUAUAAAAAAGAUGUAGAGGAGAUAAACGAAGAUAAGAACUUUGAAUCAAUUGCUAGAACUGGAGGAAAUCACGCUGUCUCAGGAUUGAAGUUUCGGAUCUUGAGGGAGUUCUUGCAGAUGGGAUAUAGUGUUUUGCUCUCAGAUGUUGACAUAGUCUACUUGCAAAAUCCAUUUGAGCAUCUCUACAGGGAUUCGGACGUGGAGUCCAUGACUGAUGGUCACAAUAACAUGACAGCUUACGGAUACAAUGAUGUUUUCGAUGAACCUGAAAUGGGUUGGGCUAGGUACGCUCAUACAAUGAGGAUAUGGGUUUACAACUCUGGAUUCUUCUAUAUUAGACCCACAGUCCCCUCUAUCGAGCUCUUGGAUCGUGUGGCUGGUAGGCUGGCUCGAGAGAAUGCUUGGGACCAAGCAGUCUUCAACGAGGAGCUGUUCUACCCAUCACAUCCUGGUUAUGAGGGGCUUCAUGCAUCAAGAAGAACUAUGGAUCAUUACUUGUUCAUGAACAGUAAAGUUCUCUUCAAAACCGUCAGGAAAGACUCACAGCUGCGCAAGCUGAAGCCAGUCGUAAUCCAUGUAAAUUAUCACCCUGAUAAGCUGUGGCGAAUGAAGGCAGUUGUGGAUUACUACGUGAACGGGAAGCAAGAUGCUUUGGAUCCCUUCCCUGAUGGUUCAUCUUAGUAGAAACUCAAAACGUUUCUACUAGUGUGUCAUAGCAAUCGCUUCACUAUACAGGUAAACUGCCACGAGAUCUUUUUUCGUUUGGUAUGUCACGAAUAAGAACCCCUCAGCAUCUGCUUAACUAUAAAAACUCUUUUGGCAUUUCUCCAUUUCUGAGUCUGUGUUGAGCAUUGUCAUCUGGAUUCGUUGGACCGAGAAUUUGUAUAAGAAAUGGUUUUACUAAUUUAUUUUACAGUUAGUGUUUCAGCAA